UAAAAAAGAAAGAACGCUCGUCCUCCUCACUCUGUUCCGAGGCGGCGUUGAUCCCCUUUGACUCCGACCACGACUGAAAUUCGAUUUCGAUCUCGCUACCUUCCCAUAAAUCCAUCGAUUUGUGAUCCAUCGAGCUUCAGCCAGGCAAUCGAUUUGUGAUCCAUCGAGCUUCAACCAGCCAAUCGAUUUGUGAUCCGAUGGCCGAUUACGGCUACACCGACGGCGGCGGCGGCAAAGAAUCGGUCGAGGAGAAGGGCAGGCAGUGGCCACCGGCUCCUCCCGCCUACGGCUACCCCGACGGCGAGGACGAGCGGCCGCCGUACGUCCUCAUCGAUCCGUGCGCCUACUUCGCCGACCGGGACAACGCCACCACCGCCGUCUGCGAGAUGGACGGCCUCAGCCUCACCGGCCGCCUCAAGGUCACCUUUUGCGCCGUCGCCCCGCCGCUCGUCUCCUACUUCUGCGUCCACGCCACCCGCAUGGACCACACCGAGUUCCCCGUCACGCCCUACAUCUUGGCCACAGAGACCGACGGCGGCCUCGUCCUCCUAUGCGUCGCCACCCGCGACGGCGACCAUCACUCCGACUUCUUGCGCCCCCGAAAUUGCCACUACUUCGUCUACGACGCCCUCUCCCGCAAACUUGACCGCCUCCCGCUCCCCGGCUUCCAACACCGACUCAACGAGCCCUCGCUCGCCAUCAUGCGCAAACCCUCCAAAAACACACGCUCCAGCCCCCAUCCCCAUGGACAUGGACAUGGAGACGCGGAGGCCGAGGCCCAUCACUUCGUCGUUGCCGCACAAUCUUACUCUUUCUGGCGUGGAAAAUCUCCUCACCUCUGCAUCUAUGACUCUGCUACAAAGACCUGGAGCAACAAGCCGGUGGUCAUGGGUUCAUCGUAUCCAGAAGUACACAUCACAGGCAAGACACUCACCAUCGGAGGAAGCAAUGGCACCGUGGUUUGGGUGGAUCUCUGGCGCAACAUCGUCUUCUGCGACGUUCUCGUCAAACGCCCCAAGCUUGGCUACCUGAAGCUGCCGAGCGCACCCGACAUGGAGCCACCUUUCGAGGGAAGGUCUCUUCGCGACAUUGCCGUCGUCGGCGACACCAUCAAGUAUGUUGACAUGCUGCCUCACCCCGACGUAAGCCCCUCCCUUCAUUGGAUGGCCACGGCAUGGAGCAUCAAGAAGGCCCGUCGGUCCUGGCCCAAGGAAUGGCACAUGGAAUGCAAGCUCGAUUCCACCCGUAUAAUGGUUGAUGCGGCUCGUACCGUCGCUACCUUCCCAACCUCCUUGUCGUCUCUUUGCGUUGGCCUGCCCACACUCAGCCUGCAGAAUGAUGCCAUUGUUUACUUACUCGCCAAGAUUGACUUCAGCCCAAGCCAACACACAGCUUGGGUGCUUGCUGUUGACAUGGAGAACGAGACUGCUGAGCAAGUGGUGGAGUUCCCGGCUGAGAGGACUUAUUGUGUAGCCCAGGGCUACGACGCAAGUAGGAUCUCCGCGUAUCUCCAACCCACGCCAGGUACACAUCAAACAUCUAAACGACCAGGGGUGCCGUUGCUAAAAUGCCCUAGCAAGAAGCAUAUUAAAGAUGUUGAAGAUCCUGAAGAAGACGACGCCAUGGUGAUUUCUUAUUCGUGAGGUUGCAUGGAAGCUGUAUGUCCUAAGAUUAGUAUCAAUGGUGGGGGUAGUAGAUCAUCAUGCCUGCUGGUCUGCCCCUUCUUUUGCCUGUCUUUUAUUUAUUUUAGGAUUAUGGCCCUCUAGACCCUGUUCUGGAGUUCCUUUCUUCAUUGCCUCACCGCCUACUAUACCCUACCGGCUUGUUUAUUAUACAAGCUUGUAUUAUUAGAACUCUAAUGUACUAUAUAUUAUGUCAGUUGUAUUACCCCCUUA